GAAGGCAACACUUUGGUCACCGCUGUCACCUCGCUGCCACCUCGCUGCCACCAUGGUGUUCGUGUCCCCACCCGGUCACCUGGCCAGCUACAACCCGCCCCUGCCCUACGUGGCCCCGGUGCCCGGGGGGCUCUGGCCGAGCAUGGCCGUGAGCGUGCAGGGCGUAGUGAAAGCGCAAGCGGAGCGGUUCCGCAUUGACCUGGCCCUGAGCACCCUGGAGGAGGCGGACAUCGCCCUGCACAUCAAUCCCCGAUUUGGGGCUGGGGUCACGGUGUUCAACAGCCGCCGCGGGGGGAGAUGGGAGGAGGAGCUGAGUCGGGACCUGGCCCCCCUUCAACGGGGCAAAGUCUUCGAGAUGAUCAUCGUUGUCACCCCCGAGGGCUACCGGAUCCUGGUGAACGGAAGCUUCUACCAGAUGUUCCCUCACCGGAUGCCCCCGGAGAACGUGAAGGCUCUGACCGUGGCCGGGGACCUGGAGCUGCUCUCGGCCUCGGUGAUGGGCAGAGGGGGCGCAUCUUCUUCGGUCGGCCUGCGCAAGGUCAACAGCUCCGAGUCUGACCUGCUGGAGAUGACGCAGCCCCCCAUCCUCCACCCGCCCGUCCCCUUCAUUGCCACCAUCCCGGGGGGGGUGAUCCCCAAAAAAACCAUCAUCGUCAAGGGCUUCGUCCCCCGCAACGCCAAGAGGUUUCAGAUCAACCUGCGUGUGGGCCCUACUGGGGACAUCGUGCUGCACGUGAACCCCAGGAUGGAAGAGGGCAACGCCGUGGUGCGGAAUUCCCUACAGGGCGACUCGUGGGGCCGCGAGGAGAGGGACCUGCGCUGCAGCAGCCCCUUCCUGCGCGAACACUUCUUCGAUCUUUCAAUCUGCUGUGAGAACGAUCGCUUCAAUGUGUUCGCCAAUGGGCAGCUGCUCUUCGAUUUCCACUACCGGGUGCCAGUCGGGCCCCACGUGGACGUGCUGGAGAUCAAGGGCGAUGUGGUCCUGUCCUAUGUCCAUUUCUGACCCACAAGUGUCCUGGCACUGCCCAAUAAGUGCCCUGGAACAGCUCUGUUACAGCCCCACAGCUGCCUGCAAUUGCCCCAGAACUGCCCUGUAAUUGCCCCAUAACUGCCCCCCUCAAUUGCCCCCCAAUUAUUCUCUCCCAACACUGACCUCAAUAAAGCUUUUAAUGCUGCA